UCUCAGUCACUUGUGUCGUUUUCAGGAUGCGGCCGCGACGGCUCCUUCCCCUUCUCGCGCUACUCUUCUCGAUAAAACAUUCCACAUCACAACGACCGACAGAAGACUUAUUCAGAAAUUUAUUUCCUAUACAACCUCCACACUGUUCUAGGACACCUAUUGUUAUUGCUCAGGCUUCUACAAGUGCGAAUGCGGCGAUUUCACGAGGUGGUAUGCAGAUGCAGUUCUACAUUGGAUUGCACACUACCGUAUGCUUUCGACUUGAAGAGGGAGUCGCUGUAUUGUCGAAUCAUUCCGAUCAUUUGGUGCAAUCACAGAAUCAGCCUGCAUCCUCAUGGUUGCAUACAAUUCGACUAGAUCGGCUAGAACAUCAUCACCCGGUGACCCAACGUUACCAAUUUGGAAUACCCGAAGUACGAGCUGAUUGCAUUUGUGAGUGUAAUGCUAACUCGGACAGCUGCACGGCCGAGUCUUACCAGUACACCCUCUGUCCAGAAGACCCCAAGAGAGACUUCCUCACCUCGUGCUAUCGGACGUUUUUGCCAAAUCAAUCACCAAUCGGUUGCCCGACCGGAAGUAAUGCCAAACUUUGUUGCGAUGUGAAGUUUAGGCCAUAUAAAAAUCAAACAUACACGGCAGUGAAAUUGGAACAACCAUCAACAUUCGCAACUUUCGUCUAUACUGCCUAUGACUACAGUAAUGGACGAUGGAUAGAAAAAGAUCGAAGUACAAUUCGAACGCAGCUUGAUGGAGGAAGUCAGGAUAGAUACCUAGACUCCUUAGGACGCAUAGCUCUGUCGGUCUCGGCUGGCGGACGAGCUUCUCAUCAGCUCGAGACUGGCAUGUACUUUGCUAACUCCAACCCUGGAGGAGAAAUGGACGAACUGAGAAAACAGCCAUUAAAUGAAAUAACCGAUAAUAACUUUGAUCGACUAGGAUGGUACCGGAUGGACGACAGCGGAAGAUUUCACGUAAACAAUGGCAUUGUCAAGAUGGAGGAAAUUCACAAAGCAAAAGUGAAAAACUGCCGCGAUCAGACUUACAAAAGCAUAAUUGACGCAAAGAACUACAUGCCUGGUAACUUUAAUCUUUCGCGACCAUUGGAAAUAAUGUAUCCAUGGAUUCAAAGCGCACGAAUUUAUGAUGGAUCACUUCGACAAGUGAUUGUCACACAUGCAGAAGGCACUAACCUUCACAUAACUCUACAAGUAAAUGGAGACAACGAAGGACAUCGCCUGGUUUUCUUCCACAAUGCAUCGAGGAUCUCAGACUUCACUGGUACAAUUAUCGUUGACUCAAGAAGCAAUAGGUACUUCAACGUUACAUUAUACGGAGCUUCUGGAAAAAUUAACGGUGCAGUAAAAUACUCGACUGAGAGGGAUUCUGACGAAAUUUUUUCGUUCACCACCUAUGUCCAUGAUCUUAACGCUGCCAACCGUUCAAUGAUCAUCCCACUGCCAGCAGUAGUAGAAGCAGGACCAAGGAUGAUUUGUCUCUACGCUGAUGAACAACGCGAAGAGCAAGCGGUCUGUCGUAUCGUUGACUACCAUGAGACACCUCUUGAGAUUGAUAUCGAGCACAAUACGUGGCAUGAAAUGGUUGGAAGUUGUCCGACUUGUAACCAAAUCAAUCUCACUGGUUUAUCAAAAUAUUUGAAUCCGAUGUCAUGGGUCAACGGUGUCUCUUCACUUGGCGAAUUCGUUAUGAUGGCCACCGACAUCCUUGUCUACGUUUGUGUUCUCAUCGUAGUCUACGUCGUACUGACAAAAAUCGUCAUCCCCAUCUGCAAAUGCUGGAUCUGCCCCAUGUACAUAAUGUCCCAUUCUCGACAUUCGAAGUCGAAAAGGAGCAAGAAGAGCCGCAGGAGAGACGAGGAAGACGAGGGUGUAAUCAUGACCAAAAUGUCUUACUGUUGA